AUGGCUAAAACUGUAGCAGUAGCUGGUGUCAAUGGACUCUUGGGCAAGCAUGUCUUAAAUGCUCUUCAAGAACCAGCUUUCAAGUCAAGCUUCAACUUCCCUAUUAGGGUCUUAUCAAGAUCUUCUGGCUCAACUUCAACUUCUGACAUUGAGUACCACCAGGCUAGCGACUUGGCCUCGUACGAAAAAGCUCUUAAGGGUGUUGACGUCCUUAUUGAUCUUAGAGGCGCAGAAGCUUUGGCCAGCAACGAUUUGAUCCUCGCUGCCAAGGCUGCUGGUGUGACUGCCUAUGUCCCAUCGGAGUUUGGCGAUGAAUACGAAAAGGCUGGCAAGUAUGCUGUGAUUUUCGGACUCAAAGCUAAUUCUGUCAAAGUCGCUAAAGAGCAGGGACUCCAGGUAAUCAAAUUCCGCACAUCUUACUUUUUGGAUAUUGCCUUUGGACCUUUGUUGUUCCUUGAUCCCAAGGCUGCUACUUCUGACUACGUUGGUGAUGGUUCUACCAACAUCACUGUUACUUCGCUAAGAAAUAUUGGUCAAGCUGUUGCCUCAGUAUUGACACAUCCCUUUGACAAAAUUCCUGAAAAUGUUAAUGUUGCCGGCUCUCAAACUACCCCAGCCGAAGCCGUUAAACUGUUUGAGAAAUAUUCCGGCAAGAAGGUGACUGUCAACAAGUCUACAGUCGAGGGACUCAUUAAGGUUGCUGAUGAUGUUAUUGCCAGUGGUGAAGUAUUCAAGGAGCUCUUGAAAUUCUUGUACGUUUUGCGUGUAAUUAGUGUUACCAGUGAUGCUGCUGACUUCAAAACUAAUAAUGAUAACGAGUUUAUCAAUCCUGGCGAGAAGUACUUCAAAUGGGACAAGGUGGAAGAUUUCGCCGCUAAAACUUUUGCUUAA